AUGGAUGCAGAAACCCAACAAAAAGUCGAGGAAACGGUGUUGGAAAUUUUGAGCAAUUCAAAUAUGGAAGAGACGACGGAGUACAAGAUCCGGAAGUCCGCAUCCGAGAAGCUGCAAAUGAAUCUGUCCGACCCGACUUGGAAGAAGUUCGUUAGGCAGGUAGUGGAGUCGUACCUUCAAGAACAACAGGCUAAAGCAGAACAACAGGAGGAAAAGGAGGAGGAGGAGGAAGAAGAAGAGGAGGAGGGAAAUAAUAAAAAAAGAGGCGGAAAAGAGUAUGAUGAUGAGGGUGGCUUGAUUAUUUGCCGAUUGUCUGAUAAGAGAAGGGUGACAAUAUCUGAUUUUAGAGGGAAAACUUUGAUAUCAAUUAGGGAGUAUUACAAGAGAGACGGUAAAGAGCUUCCAACAGCAAAAGGAAUAAGCCUGACACCCGAGCAGUGGUCAUCCUUCAAGAAGAAUGUACCUGCAAUAGAGAAGGCUAUCAAGAAAAUGGAAUCUUGGUGA